AUGGCUCUGCUCAGCACCUUGGCUAGCGCAACAUCGCUUUUCCGCCGCAAAGACGACCGUUUCACAGCGGGCACUGUCUGGGAUAUUGUCCUCCAAGGUAAGGAAAAUGAUGGCAACGGCACGGUCAUCCCAUUGGCGCAGUUAAAGGCGGCAACAGGAGCUGUUCUCGAUAUCGAUUUUGAGGACAAUGACUCAGAGCUGAAGAAGACAAAGGGCUGGAUCAAAGAGCUUGCGAAGACGAAGACGGUGGUCUGCUACUUUAGCGCUGGUACGUACGAACCUUGGCGUGAAGACCAGGAGUUGUUCAAGCCAGCGGAUUAUAGGAAGAAGAUGGAUAAGUGGGAUAAGUGGUGGCUUGAUCUGAAGAGUGCCAACGUGAAGACAAUCAUAGAGACUAGGAAUAAGAGAGCUGCCGAGGCUAGAUGUCAUGCUAUUGAUCCUGACAACAUCAAUAGCUACAGCAAUGACAGCAAAGGGAAGCCACACCAAGAUAGAUUCAGCUACGACAAUCAGGUGUAUAUCGACUACGUCAGGUGGCUUUCCGCAACCGCAACCAAGUACAACCUUUCCACAGGUCUGAAAAACGCACUUAAGAUCUCCAAUAAUGCCCUCAACGUUAUCGAAUUUGCUGUCAACGAACAGUGCCACGAAACAGACCCAAACGACAAGGAGAGCAAUUGGGACUACCCAGACUACGCAACAUUCACUCAAGCAGGGAAAGCAGUCUUCAACAUCAAGUACCACAACGACAAGAACAUUUACUGCAAGGAUCCUACUGAUCCUCCUAUCAAUCUCUCGACAGUGCUCAAGCCGAUGGGCCUGGAUGCCUCUGUUACUGGAGCCCUCCACCUACGUGACUUCUUCCAUGCCGCUGGCUUCGAGUUCGAUCUCGUGUCAGAGACCGGAACGUAUCGAGCUGACUGGCUCAGCACCACGAAGGACUGGCAGCACGAGGAAGACAAAAAGGUCCGGGAAAAUGACGGCGACAAGUUCUAG